AUGUCGCCGCUGUUCAUCGCGAUUGUCGUCCUGGGCGUGGUGAUUGCGGUUGUGAUUGUGGUGCUUGUAUGGUUGACGUGGUCGCGGCGACGGAGGCAAGGGGUGGGGAAGGGUGGGGAGAGGGAGGUUGAGGAAGAAGCGGAGAAGCCGGUGGUGCGAGAGCCGGAGUUGAGCUGGGCGACGGGACCGACUUUGAUCAAUCAGGGAGAGAGGGAUUCGCAUUGGAGUGCUGGGACGCUGGUCGCGUUGAAUGAGAGUAGUCAACGAGGUCAGGUUGGUCAGGGAGUUGCGAGAGGAAGGUCGCCGGCUGCACCCCCCAUUCCACCGCGAGCGGUCAAUAGGAGACCGGUGCCAGAACCUGGUCGGGACCGCGAACUUCCAUCGACGCCAGCGCCUUUCACACCUCUGAUGACGCCGGUGUCGCCUAUCAAACCUCAGAGGCGAAGGCCUGAGGUGAUUGAUGAAGAUGAGAUUUUGCCUGUCGUCGACCACGAAUCGUAUCGACCAUCGCCCGUGUCGCCAUUGGAAAGUGACAGCUUCACAAGGAGUCGGUCUGUGAGGUGA